AUGCCCGUGUCGCCUUCGCCCUUUCAACGUCUAGCACCGGAACUUCUUAUGCGCAUAUGUCUGCUAUGUAGCAAAGAAGACCUGCUUAACGUCUCUAACUCGUGCAAGUCCGCGCAGAGCGUGGCUCGACUACUGCGAUGGCGCACUGUCGUCGUGAAGUCUACCAACUAUCUAAGUUUUCGAGAGUGGUUACUUUUGUUUGGCCACAGUAGACCUACACCGCUGGACGCAUUCUUCCGCUCGAUUCCCGGUCUCGACGGUACCGUAGCCAUUGAUCCUAUCGCGGAGGAAGAAAUCAGCGAAUACGUCCGAACAAUCGUCCUACCGGAAAAAUGGGCAGAUGAUACCACAUCAUUCGUUCGGAUCCUUGCUGCGAUGAAGCCGCGCCACCUUACUGCCGUAGUCUUUGGGAAGAGCGGUGAUGGGUCGUGGUACAGCGACAUGGAGAGAGAGUGGACGCUACCUACGAUGGACGACAUGAUGGAGAGACUGGAGCGGCUGGAGCUCAUCAACCCACCGCGGUCUUCUCUUCAUUUCGUUCUUGCUCGCGUCCCGUCGUCUGUCGGGCGACCGCUGUACAGCUUCAUCAAGUCUAUCCAGCUGAAGUCCGCGCCUGUCGUUGACAAUCACUGGGGGUCUCAAUGGGACCCUGUCGACGAGCACAGUGCGUUGGACUAUGGGCGCAUUUUUAUGGUCGCGGAGACUCUCGAAGUCGACCUGUCGGACGGCUUGCGAGCGCUGUUGGAGCAAAUCUACUUCCCCGCGCUCUUGAACCUGACUGUCUUCACGCGGCGCAACAUGUCUCACGAUUGGAGUCUUCUCGAGCGCCUGCUGGGCGACGCGAGCUCAACGCUGGAAGUCUUUCACCUCUGUCGCGGCUCAAGCAUAGACUAUUCCAGUACUUUUAAGGACUUUGCCUGUUCGCUGGUGAACCUAGAGGCAGUAGUCGUGCAUUGGCCGGUCAUUUCCCUUCUCGACGGGUUUCACUCAUUUGUACUGCCUGGUCAAGCAGACCUGAUCGUACAAAACUACGACGCAAACACCGCGGAAGAGAGCGACUACACCCGAGCGUCGCCUAUACUGCAGCUCCCUCACUGGCGCCGUGUUGCUUUCACACAAGACCCCCUACCUGACGGCUCAGCAGAUCUGCCUCCGCUUCCUCCGUCAACACAACCGCCCAUGCUCAGCAACACGCUAUUCAAGCUUCGCAACUACGCGCGUGCAGCGGCGCCAGAAACUGAACUCGCCAACGCUGCUGCACUGUCUUGCGCCGACCGCGCGACGCUAGGAGAGCUGCAAGUUCGUCUGCGCUCUGCACUGCACGACUGCGACGACGAACUGCGCCGACUAGAAUCGGUGAAAAAAGAGCUGGCUCGCCAGCUUUGCGUCACUAAAGGGCUCAAUGCACCUGUUCGCCUUUUAACCGACGACACCCUUCGGCUAGUCUUUCUGUCGCUCGCACGAGACCUUGAGGACCCCUUCCAUUGCGCUCCUUACUUCGCGACUACAAUUUGCGUGGUGUCUAGACGGUGGCGCAACAUCGCACGAGAAACAGUAUCACUUUGGACUUCUCUCGCGCUGCGACAUAGCCGGCCCGUCUUCGAAAAUGGUUCACAUCGGCGUACAUUGCCCUGGGAACACUUUUCCAACGUAACUCCUCUCUGCCAGCUUGCGCCUCUCCAUGUACGGUGGAACUGGGAGCUGGAGCUCUCACCUCUGGUGGACUUCAUGUCCGACCUCCACAACACCAUUCGGACGCUGGAGCUGAGGGCGCAGUGGGACUCACUUGCAGUCUUGACAUCACCCUGCUUUCACUCUCUCCACCGGCUUAAAUUGUCCUUGCGUGGCGACGACGACCGAUUUGCCUUGCAGAUGCUAUCAAAGCUACGCAAGCUUCACUCACUCCACAUUGUCUCCAUCGACGGCAUCUCGCGACACGAGAAGUACGCCGCGCCGUCUAUGCCGACGCUGCGCGACCUCGUCGUCCACGCCUAUCCUGGACCACCCUUCAAGUUCGCUCACGACCUCCUAGUCAACUGUAACCUCAUCACUGCUCUCGACUUACGAUGCAACUUUGUGGACGGCUCUCCCCAGCGCAACUCGGCGACAAUCUUUCUACCAUCCCUCGCGAUUCUGGCACUCGCAGAGUCUGCAAGCGCUCUCCUCUGGUUCCUCUGCGCACCUGCGACCGAAACCGUACGACUGUCAUUCCUAGACGACGGCUACGUCCAUCACUCCGUUUUCGCCACCCUGUCCACCUUCUUGGCGCUGUCGCGCUGCGCCCUCAAAUCGCUGUCGUUCGUGUACACCUGUUGCACUGCUCAAGAAUCGGACCUGUCCGGAUGUGUAGAGCGCUUGGGAACACUCCAUACACUGGCCAUUGAUUCAUCCUGGGAUGUCCCCAGAGCUGCGCCAUUCGGAAUCGCUGUUGUGCGCUACCUGGUCAACAACUCAGCUGCGCUACCCGCCCUCCGCAAGGUUUCUUUUCGAGGUCGCAGCAAUCACGCUUGGAUCACGACGAUAAUUGAUCACUUCAUGGCGACCAGGAAUGGGAGGAGUGGCAUGCGCCGCAUCGAGUACGAUGAGACGGAGCUAGUGGUCUGCGACGACACAGGAGAUGUGGAAUGA